AUACUAGUACCAAGUCAAUUCCUAUUAUCGUACUGCUUCCACAAUCCCUAAUUCAUACAACUACUUUCCUUCUUGACCACUAUGCUGCUACAAUAACACUAACCCACUUCACAAUUAUUUCCCAGAUCUGCUUCCUUUCUCAUUUCAUUGUUUUGUGGGUAAAGGAAAAACCUUUUUGGCUCUGGAGUGAGUGAAGUCAGUUGUGAUUUUAUUUGCAAUUGUUGUUAAAAGAUUGUAUUGAAUGGAAGGGAAUUCAGGAGGGGGAGGAGGUAGCGGUGGUGGUGGCGGUGGGGGAGGAAAUGACGUGGAGCUGGUGUGCAAAACUCUGCAGGUUGAGCAUAAGUUAUUCUAUUUCGAUCUAAAGGAGAAUCCACGUGGGCGUUACUUGAAAAUUUCUGAAAAAACUUCGGCUACACGUUCCACUAUAAUUGUUCCUUUUUCAGGCAUUUCUUGGUUCCUUGAUCUCUUUAAUUACUACGUUUCUGAUGAUCAUGAUCUCUUCAGUAAAGAGUUACAGCUGGACACCAAGGUAUUUUACUUUGACAUUGGCGAGAACAGAAGGGGUCGCUUCUUGAAGGUAUCAGAAGCAUCUGUUAGUAGAAAUCGCAGUACUAUUAUUGUUCCAGCUGGAAGUUCUCGGGAUGAAGGGUGGGCAGCAUUCAGAAACAUUCUGGCUGAGAUUAAUGAAGCAUCACGAAUUUUCAUGUUACCCAAUCAGCAAAGUUCUGAACCUUCAGAGCGUCUUGUUGGGCUUUCAGAUGAUGUUGGGGCUGGCUUCAUACCUGGCCACAGUAGCCAACCUGCCCCUGCUUCUGAACUGAAUGUUGAUAGGUCAGUUGACUUACCAGCACAAGAUGAAAUAGGUAACAUGGGGGUUUCAAAAGUAAUCAGAGCUGAUCAGAAGAGAUUCUUCUUUGAUCUAGGGAGUAACAACCGAGGUCAUUUCCUAAGGAUAUCUGAGGUUGCAGGUUCUGAUCGAUCCUCAAUCAUUCUCCCACUGUCAGGGCUAAAGCAGUUUCAUGAAAUAGUGGGACAUUUUGUAGAAAUCACGAAAGAUCGAAUUGAAGGAAUGACCACUGCAAAUGUUCGCACAGUGGAUCCCCCUCAAAGAUAAAACUCUGAUGAUUUGAGUGUUCGGUGAAACAAAUACUAUGAUUUUGCAAGGUUGCUAUGCUAUAAAACAGCGUUUGAUCAGGAGUGGUGAUUGUGUUAAUUAUGUUAAUGUUAUUUUCUUCUCUUCUUUCUCUCAUUCAAGUCCGAAACAAAUAAUCCAAUCUAUCUGUUCAAUCAGAAGAGAAAUUGCUAAGCAUAUUUGGUAGAAAUAAGAGGGGAAAAAAGCCAGAUACUUGUAAUUGUCGGUUUGAUAGUGUGACUCUCAUGUUACAGUUUUAAAUAAUGAUCAUUCCUGAUGUGUUUUGCUGA